AUGCAAAAUCUUCAGUUUCAGAUAAAGGGAAAGGAAAUCGAAAAUUUAGAAGGUUUCGAGCUGAGAACUGAGAAACCUUUGGAACAUUCAUUCUUUCAUUCUGUCAUUCUCUCGUUCUUUCGUUCUUUCAUUCUUUAUUUUGUUCGUUCUUUCAUUCUGUCAUUCUUUCGUUCUUUCUCAUAUCUAUCUAUCUAUCUAUCUAUCUAUCUAUCUAUCUAUCUAUCUAUCUAUCUAUCUUAUUCUGUUCAUAUCUAUCAUAUUCUAUUCAUAUCUAUCUAUCUAUCUAUCUAUCUAUCUAUCUAUCUAUCUAUCUAUCUAUGCGUUUUGUUAAUAUCUACCUAUCUCUGUUCAUAUCUAUCUAUCUAUCUAUCUCAUUCUGUUCAUAUCUAUCUAUCUAUCUAUCUAUCUCAUUCUGUUCAUAUCUAUCUAUCUAUCUAUCUAUCUAUCUAUCUAUCUCAUUGUUCAUAUCUAUCUAUCUAUCUAUCUAUCUAUCUAUCUAUCUAUCUAUCUAUCUAUCUAUCUAUGUUUGUUAUGGAUGUACCGCCAGUGUUAGCAACAUAG